AAUCAUGAUAGCUACAACAAUGACACUUUUUUUGUAAUAUGAUACAGCUUCUUUUUUUUUUUUUUUCCGGAGCGCGCGUGCGGUAGGAGGACCACACUUGUUUUUGACACAAUGUAAAUAAUGGCGCGUCACGUAACAACGUGAGUAUAUUCGAGGCGGGACGUAAACACAGAGCAGCAGAACAGAGCCAACCGUCCAGCGGAGCGGCGCAGGAAUCGAGCUCCGAGCUUUGUGCUUAUUUCAUUGCGACUAAUCGGCCCUUUAGGCUAUAAAAUAUUGCUUUCCGACUUCAGCUACAGUGUUAGCUAAGUUUGGAAGGGAGAAAGGGGAGAGACGCGGUGGCUUUUUUGUUGUUGUUUUAGUCGUUAUAUCCGACAGUAGGAAGCCGUAGUCGGGGGGUCGACCUGCUCUGCAACAACACAAAAGAGGAGACAGCGUAAAUAAAAAAAAUAAAAAAAGGAACAUUCACUUGGUUGCUUUUGCCAUUUGGACAGCUUUAAAAUGGAUAACUCUGCACCUAAGAAGACGUGCUGUGAGUCUGUCCGAGACUUCUUCACUUCAGCUAAAUUCCUUAUUUACAUGAGCCAUGCUCUGUCAACAUGGGGUGACCGAAUGUGGAACUUUGCUGUGGCUGUGUUCCUGGUGGAGCUGUACGGGAACAGCCUGCUGCUCACGGCCGUGUACGGGCUGGUGGUGGCCGGCUCCGUGCUGCUGCUGGGGGCCAUCAUUGGGGACUGGGUGGACAAGAAUCCCAGACUCAAAGUGGCCCAGACUUCGCUGCUCGUCCAGAACAGUUGCGUCAUCGUGUGUGGGAUCCUACUGAUGGUUGUGUUCCAGUUCAAAGAGCAGCUUGCUGAGCUUUACAAUGGAUGGAUUCUGACCACCUGCUACAUUCUGGUAAUCUCCAUCGCCAACGUUGCCAACCUUGCCAGUACGGCUACAUCCAUCACCAUCCAGAGGGACUGGGUGGUGGUGGUGGCAGGUCAGGACAGCAGCAAGUUGGCAGACAUGAAUGCCACGGUGCGGAUUAUCGACCAGCUGACCAACAUCCUGGCUCCCAUGCUGGUGGGCCAGAUAAUGGCCUUUGGCUCCCAUUUCAUUGGCUGCGGCUUCAUCUCUGGCUGGAACCUGUGCUCCAUGUGUCUGGAGUACGCGCUGCUGUGGAAAGUGUACCAGAAGACGCCGGCGUUGGCCUCCAAAGCCGGCCAGAAGGAGCAGCAACAGGAGCUCAGACAGCUGAGCUCGCCAAAAGACUCGGAGAGCGGCCAGAGUCCUGAGGAGUCGUCUCAGCCACUGAUGAAUGAAACCUCCGUAGUGGCCACGCCCGACUCCCCAAAGCAGCACGGCUGCUGCUACCAGAUGGCCGAACCGCUGCGCACCUUGAAGGCCGGCUGGGUGGCCUACUACAACCAGAACAUUUUCCUCGCCGGUAUGUCCCUGGCUUUCCUCUACAUGACGGUGUUGGGCUUCGACUGCAUCACCACGGGCUACGCCUACACGCAGGGCCUCAACGGCUCGGUGCUGAGCCUGCUGAUGGGGGCCUCGGCGGUGUCGGGCAUCUGCGGCACCGUCGCCUUCACCUGGGUCCGCAAGAAGUGCGGCCUGAUCCGCACGGGCUUCAUUUCGGGCACGGCCCAGCUGUCCUGCCUCAUACUGUGCGUUGCCUCCGUCUUUGCUCCCGGGAGCCCCUUCGACCUCAGCGUCUCGCCCUUCCAGGACAUUUACACACACCUGAUCGGAGAGAAGGCGCUGCCCGAGGCCGACUACAGCCUCACCGGCUUUCUCGGCGGUGGAAACGCCACUACUGCUGCACCGGCUGAAGAGCUGCCGCCCUUGCAGUCCUACAUGUCUGUUAGUCUGCUGUUUGCUGGCGUAAUUGCUGCUAGAGUUGGCCUGUGGUCUUUCGACCUGACGGUGACCCAGCUCAUCCAGGAGAAUGUGAUGGAGUCGGAGCGAGGCGUGAUCAACGGCGUCCAGAACUCCAUGAAUUACCUCUUGGACCUGGUGCACUUCAUCAUGGUGAUUCUGGCUCCGAACCCGGAGGCCUUCGGCCUGCUGGUCAUCAUCUCCGUGUCCUUCGUGGCCAUGGGCCACAUCAUGUACUUUGGAUUUGCCUUCAAGAGCCUGGGCAGUCGCCUCUUCCUCUGCUGCUCUCCGGAUCAGAAGGCGGAGGCGGUAGACGGCCUCUCACUUCCCACCACCGUCUGACCCCGUUAAAGAGACUCCGUCCUCGGUACAUACUUCUCAAGCCUUACCCGACCCUUGCAUCUUAUCUUAACUAACAUCUUUGCUUUGUAGCUGGCAGAAUGCUAAUGCUAACCACAGAGAGGUAACGUAACAUGCUAUGCAUCCUGUAGCCAUGAAUACGCAGCAUUAAUCAUGAGUAGAAGGAGGUGAGUAGAAAGCUUGGGAGUCAAAGAAAACUAAUCCACAGUAAAGCUGUAGAUAAGGCAGGGUUCCUCUAACCUUUUAUCUUUUCAUCUGCGGGGUUCACGCUCUUUGAAACACACAUGCACUGUCAAACAAGGAUCCGUCACUUCCGGGCUUUCGGACCCCAACGUGGGGUCCUGUUAAAGAAAUCAGGGCAAUAAGGCACCGUCAGAUAUUCUCCUCCUGACAGCCUGUAUCUAGCUGUAGAGUUUAAGAGUUUCAGUAAAGGUGCUUCAGCUAACUAAAGCGCAGGACGAGGGAGAAACCUUGUCAGGGAGGAGGCACGGGGGGCACCAGCUGUCUAAGACCCCCAAAAAAAGAGCGAACGUGCCCCCUUUUCUGACGCUUGCCUCUCAGUGACUUCAUUGGUGCUGUAGUUGUGUCUGCCGAUCAGCUGUUCUCUGAUCGGCAAAGCUUACAUAUACAAGUAGGAUGAGCCGGUUGUGGAUGUCUUCCUCGAGGGUGGUGGUGGUGGUGUGGGGGGGUGCUCUUUAUUUAACCAAAACACAAAACUGGGUCUAGCCUCUUUAAUACAUAGUUAUAAGGAUUAUGCAGUUCACUAUAUGCAUUCAGGAAGUGCAGUGGUUUUUAUAAUAAUUGUAUCAUCAGUAUUGUGUUGCACACUUGCCGGUUGAUCCAUAAGAAAAGACACAUAGAAACACUAUGCAGCCGUGUCGAUAUCUCUCUCAGUUACCAAAGUCAAAGUCCACGUGUGGCGUUAAAAGGAAGCGAGGGAAACCACAUAUCCGUCUGAAGCAUUCCAAAUCUGUAUUUUUACAUCACGGUAGUAUACCUGGAUCUGUCCAACCCACUCUGCGAUUGUACUUCUUUAGUUUUUCUGAUAGUUUACAUUAUUGUGUCAUUUUUGUCACCUUUUUGAUUAGAUGUCCUCUUUUUUUUCUCUUCUUUCUUUUCAAUCAUGAUUGUUGUUACACUGGCACUUUAAGUGAUUGGCGUCUGUCGUACGCCUGACACAUCAGGCAUUUGAUCAAUAUUUCUGCACAAGCAAGUCCUGACUCUCCCGUAAACCUUCUGCGCGACCUCUUUUUGAAUCACUUAUACUUUCUUUGUCCUCUGUUCAGAUAUUGUGUGGGCAUUGUGAUUUUUAAUAAAAAAAGGCACAUGAUGCAACAAAAACGGAACCAGUCCCAACAGACUCUGGGUCAGUUUUAGUUGUUAUUGCUGUAAGCUUCACCAGAGGUGGACACGUUCUACUUAAGUCAAAGUUCUGACUUUUUUUUUCUUUACAUUUCUAGUCUAGACAAUGUAUUUCAAUAGCAUCUCAUAGAAGUUUGUGACUUUUUUUUUUUUUUUUUUGCAUGCUUCUAUUCCUGUGAAGUGAUUUUGUAAGUAAAAUAUGAAAGUCGUAGACAUUAGGAAAGUAGCUUUAUUUAAAGUGAGGCUACUGUAUAUAACAGAACAGCAGCCACCGUGGAUACAUGUGACAAUUAUUAAUAAAUGCUAAAAAAUAGUGUAACAUUAGCCACCGUCAAAAGUUGACGUGGCUCCACCGAGACGGUUACCAGCAGCGCCCCGCCCAUGAAAAGUCUAGCCAUGGCUUUGGUAAAGCCUGGGGGGGGGGGGGGCAAAUGUUUAGGUUGGAACCAGAGGUAGCCACACCAGAUGUAGGAGAACAGAAGAACACUUUUUAGCUGCACGUGCUGAGUCAGGAUAUCUGCAGGUGUGCCGUGAGGUGCCGACUCGCUGGCAAGUGGAGCUUCAUUUCCAUGUUCCAGCCGCGUGUUAGUGUAACCUCAAACUCAGUUCUGGGCACGGGAACAAAACCAGCUCUUACAAUGCUUGGUCUGCUGAUUCAGGGAAAUCUUGCAUGGCCAUAACUCUAUAUUUCUAAUGUAAAUAACAGCGGUCAGUCAAUAGAAACUUACUUAAAUACACAAUUGGAAACUGCUAAAACAAAAUAAUAUAAAUAUUGUGUGUGUUGUUGUUGUGCUGUUGGUCUGGAAAUGCUGACUUCUUCCUUUUUUAACAUGUUUUUAUACACCUAGUGUUAAGGUGUGUUAAAUUGCCUUUGUUUCCUAAGAUUUUGGAAAUUUGUGUACAAAGCAAUUACUUCAUUUAAUUUCUGUAUCGUACUGCCUUAAUCUGACAAUAUAUAUUCCUCUCUGUAUAUAUAUAUAAAUAUACCAGUGUUAUUGUAGUCCAAUAGACAAAAGCAUUAAAUCAUAAAGAAAUCAUUUAUAUGUAAUAAUUGCACUCCACUGAAUUGGUACUCCUUGUAUUGCAUGAGGUCUCCUAAAUAAAGAAAACAUUCAUAAUU